AUGGCACAGCCCGAGGACCGCGAGUUGUCUGACGGGUUUGAAGGAGCAGGUGAAAUUUGCUGCAAACUGAGCCCGCUGCUGCUGCUGCUGCUGCUGCUGUCAUGCUCCCGUCUACCCGAAGAAGCAGAGGAUAUGCUGUUGUGCCGCGAACUGUUUUUGAAGUUGAUCAUCAUCGAGGCAGCUUUCGUCAGGUCGGCAUCAGAAAUCGACGCCAUUUUCCGACGCGACGGGAGAUUGGACUGCGAUUGUGGAGUAGCAGGACUAUCGCUCUUGGGCGAAAUCCCAGGUGAAGCAGCAGAGCUAGCAGAGCUAGUCGACGCUCCGUUCACUUGCCGUUGA